CCACUCGAAUCUACUACAGCAAUGGCAUUCAAGUUCAUCACUCUUUUGGCUCUCGUGGCAGCUGCCAACGCCGGUUUCAUCCCAGCGCACCAACCACUCGCUUACGCAGCAGCCCCAGCGUACGCCACCCCCGUGUUAGCGAAGGCUAUCAACGCCGAAGACGAUCCUCAUCCUCAGUACAGUUUCUCUUACGAUGUCCAGGACUCAACAACCGGCGACUUCAAGAACCAAUACGAGACCCGUGAUGGUGAUGUAGUACAAGGCAGCUACUCUCUCCUUGAAUCCGACGGAACCCGCAGAACUGUUGACUACACUGCUGAUGACAUCAACGGAUUCAACGCCGUCGUCCGCAAAGAACCCGCUCAGGUUGCCGUUAAAGCCGUAGCCCCAGCUGCACUUGCUGUCAAAGCCGCGCCCAUCGCCUACGCCGCCCCAGCUAUCGCUAAAGUCGCUGCACCAGUAGCAUACGCUGCGCCUGCAGCAUACGCUGCUCAUUACGCACCAGCUACUUACUCAGCUCACUACGCACCAGCUGCAUACGCAACCCACUACGCACCCGCUGCCUACGCUAAAGUCGCUGCACCAGUAGCCUACGCUAAAGUCGCUGCACCAGUAGCUUACGCCAAAGUCGCUGCACCAGUCGCCGCAUAUGCACCAGCUGCAUACGCAACUCACUACGCACCAGCUGCUUACUCUGCACCAGCCGCCUACGCCACCCACUACGCAACACCUGCAGUAGCCAAAGUUGCUGGACCAGUCUACUACCACUAA